CAGACCACCUGUGUUACCGCCAUCAGAACAGCAGCUCCGUCAAAUGGUCGAAACGGCAUUACUGGAGCAUAUCGAUCCAAUGCUACAACCGAUUUCCUCAGUUCGCAGUCCAGUCCCAUCGUCCAGUCUAACACCCGCACCCUCGCUGAGACCGACAAAAUCGACCGAAUCGGAAGCAGAAGUUGGACAAACAAGACUCUCGAGCCCAGGUCAACAACCGACUGGUCCACAUCCGCUCCGUGUCACAUAUGACGUAGCAGUCGGACCGUCGAUUCAGGAGCAACUGGCUGAGGAAGACCGAAUGCAAGGAGUAAGCACGCUGCACGAUAUCGACGAUGUCUCUUCUCACAAUGGGAUUCCUACCCCGACGCCGACAAUGCCAGAGCAGUCAGGUGGAACAUUAACAAAAGCAUCUGACCGUGUUCGCGCCAGACCGGAAGUCCAUUCGGUCCAGACAUCACCCAUCCACUUACCUCCAGCUAGUCAGUCCUCAUCCCCGUUGCAGUCGGCAUCGACUGAGUCACUGGACAUUACUCCGCUCGCAGCUGAUUUGCCACAGAUUCAAUCACAGGCGGAAAGCACAGGACAAAGUGAGGUGUUCAGUCUGACCCUACCAAACACGUUUAGCGAUGGUGUUUGGCUUGUCGACCGUUCGGAAGGUGAGGCUCCUCUCCAGGUCACGAGUGAAGCAAUGCAAAUGUUGGCCGGACGUUUGGAGAGCAAUCUGUUUAUGCAACGAUCACGGUCACUUGCAAGUGAAACCGAACCUGAGUCAGACACAUCAGCUUUACUCAGGCACCAAAGAAGCGACGGUGAAAUUCCGACAAGCGGGCCUCUGCCGAAGAGGGGGCUGAGAAGUGGUGAUCCGCUAACCAACCCCUUGUUACACCUAAUGGCUUUGCAACAGUCUAGCGGCUUUGAUAUAUCAAAGCUAUCCGAACGGGAUAGAAAGGUAGUGAUGAAAACGAAUGCUGUCAUGAAACGCCAAGGAAAAAAGCCACGCACAGCUCAGUCUCCUGAGAAUUCAUAUGGCCAAGCUUCAAUUCAACCAGCAGAGAGCUCACCUGGACUUGUAAAGCCGGUCACCAUGAUUGAUGCAUCAGAAGGCGACGACGGUGGAGAGUCAAAAAUGCUGGAAUGGUUGCAAAGUUUGGCUGGAUCUCCGGCACAUCGUACGGUACAGUCUUCACACAAAUCACCUCCAUCAAAACCAUCUACGAAUAGAACCGAUCCGAACAAAGUCUCGAUGCUCAAUGGGGUCGAAAUGGUUCAGUCCGAUGACUCAGAUGCUACAGAAGCUGAUGUGGCCGAAGAGGAGGCAUACGAAGAUGAUUACGAACCAGAAUCGAAAGGAAACUGUAGCAGUCCGAAGUCCCAUAAAUCUGCGGAUGGGCCCAAAGAUCGGCCUCUGACAAGUGGAAGUUCGCCACCGGUUUGGGCGCGUGAGAAAGUCCCAGACCACAUGCGUCAUGCAGUAACUUUGAGUGACGAUAGUGAUGACGCAAACUAGUGCCUAUCCAAGUUUUA